AGUGACGUGUUUAAGUGAGUUGUUGUUAGUAUAGGUAAUCACAUGAUUUCGAGUGCAAUUUGGAAUAAAUAAGCACGAGUAAAUUUUCAAAGACCAACGAAGAACUAAGAACUUGGAAAUGUGCAAGGAUUGAUUUUCGCAUGGUCAGAGGCCUGUUAAAGAUAACUCGGUUUACAAUAAUCAGCAUUGUAAGUGUUUUCACAUUCAUCCUCGAUUAUGAGAGCUCGGCGUUUACAAGAAGCAUUUACUGCCGUCUUGAAAUCAGGAGAACGCUUCGAACAGCCAAAGGUGAAAGACACUUGCUACGGUUUUUUUAACGACUGUUCAUCAUUGUCUGUUCCUGAGACCACAUCAUAGCUGGAUUCAUGGAGAAAUUAGAUUUAAAACCCGAAAAUGAAGGAGGCAAUUUGUUUUCUUCCGACGCUGUCAUCAAUGGGUGAGUGGAGCCACAGUUGUUGUGAUGUCGGAAACUGCCAGUAUUAAUAUAAUAUUUGCUUUUUCUCAGCACUGGGGUUUUCAUUAUUUCAUUUAGCUACUGCAAGAGCUCGAAGCUCUUCUUCGUCGGUUUCAUCGUAGUCGUUAAGGAAGUUUAUACCUCUGUGGCCUGUGACAUUGGCGAUAUGUUCUGAACUUACAAUCUUGGCUUUCUUCAGCUUCCUGACUGUUGUUUUUCUCGCACAAGAUUCGUAAACUUUUUUCUCACUUUCUUUAAGGCUAGUACCAGCUACGGAUACUUCCAUUAUGCUAGUUAUGGUAUUUUCGCCGAUUGGUUUAGUUUGAAGCAGAUGUUUAAAUUUUCGGCUUCGUUUGCUACUGAGGUAAAAAAAAACAGACCAUCUUAUGGAUGUUUUAGUAGAGGUCUUCGCUCCACAAAAGACUUAAAGAGAGCAACCGGACACCUUUCUUCUCCAACAAUUAACGUACGUGACUCGAAAUCCCUGUUGUUAUCAUGGAAAACUUGUAUCAUUUAAAUGUCUGAAAAGUGUAGCUGUCAUGGUUUGCCUGUGGUUGUCAACGUGUUUGUUCUUUAUUUUUUUACUUUAGCGUAGUUUGUUAUAAGUAUCUUGUUUUUUAGUUUCUCUGGCUCAUUUUCCUCGAUUUUGUUGACAGUAUUUUUCUCUUAGCACCGCAAUUUCAAUACAUUUGGCCUCAAAGACGUACUUUUUACCAUGUUCGGGUUUUUGAAAUAUUUUGUUAACUUUCUAUUGUUGUUUUGCGUACAAAAUUAUAUCCCGUCGCCGUCUGCUGAAAACUAUUGCCAUUUUCUUAAAUUUUGUUUUUAAAACAACUCUAAUCUGAUUGGUUCUUGUGGUUUCUAUUGUGUUUUCAGCCAAUCAGAAAGCAUUUGUAAUUUGCACUCGUGUUACAUGUUUUGCUCUCGUGUUACAGAAGAGCUCCACUCCUUUCUCAGCCAAUCAGAAUUGAGUAAUGUUUUCGUGUAUAUUAUUAAACUUGUAAUCGUAGCGAAGUGGAUGGUGCUUGCGUGUGACGGUUAGUACCUCACAUUUAGAGGUCUUUAACGUUAGGUACUUAUCAUCGCUUUAGCACUGCAGACUAUCCAGGUCCUCUUGGAGUGACCCACAGUCUUCUAGAAUUUCAAUGACACUGGAACAUUAUGAGUCAUCUGCGAAGUGCGCGAUACGAUUCAUCCAUCAGUGGUUUUGCAUGCUAAUUCUGAGAUUUCCUGACUUUUUUACCCUUGACUUCAUCCUAGAAUCCUUGACAUUACCCCCCACGAGGGGUGGAAGGUCGAAAAGGGGCAAUUUCCAGGAGUUUUGGGGGGAAGGCUUCUCAAGGUCAUUUUCCGGAGGAUCCCGGUAAGAUUGGUGGGUUAUUACAAAAAACUAAGCUCUUGCUUUGUCGAGCAAGCUAUCUGUUAUCUGUUCACCGGUGAUUCAAAGCAAGGAAAUUUUUUUUCAUCGAUGAUCCUUUAUUUACGAGUGCCUGAAUUCUUUUUCUAUGGCUUACACGAUAGUAUAUUUCGUACAAUUGUCAUCGUCUCAUGAACAAACUUUCGGUUAUCUCUUUAACACAAUACAUUGUUAUAUUCUCCGUAAUGUCGUCGUGUUCUUAGACUUCUUCUAAGAUGUUUUUUUUCUUACUGAAAGGAAGUAAUUGAAGUUCACAAGGUGUUUAGUGUUUACAGAGAGCAUAAUUUGUGGCCUGCAAGGUAUCGCCUCCAUGGUUCGCAAGGACUUACCGUUAAUUAUUAACUGAGAAAGAACUCUACAAGGCAAAUUGACUUAAUUUAUUGGAUACUGUAUUAACAUGAAUAAAAAGAUUGUUUCUCUCCUUAUCGCGAAAACUAUUAUCUUUUGCAAAAUGGUAUAGUGCAACAGCAUUUUUGACUGAACUAUUCUUUCCAGGGGAGUACCGAAUCGAGUUAGAAGCUGACUAAGGAAAUUUUAGCGGGUAGGGGGGUAUAACAAGCACCCCUGGAAUGAAAAUAUCAGGAGGCUGGGGGUCCAAAGCGAAAGUGCCCUUCGUGGGGGAGGUAUGGACAUUUUCUGGAACUUCACAAAUUCAAGUUAAGUCUUGGUGUAUCUGUUUGCAUUUAUUAAUAUUUUUUUAUAACUCAUCCUGCAUAAAAAGCAAUAGCUUGAGUACUUAAAACACAAGAGUGUAGUCACUGAAGUACAAACUACUGCACGACUAAACAAGAGUUUAGUGGUUUCUUUGCAAAGCAUCAUUUUAUUUAGAUACACCGCUAAGAAAGAACUUGUCCUAUCACAUAAUUUUGCGUUCUUGGUAAAUUGGACUGAUUUGUUUCGUUAUUUGAAACCCUUACAGAGAAAGGGCAAGAUCUGCUUAAAGGAAAAUUGGAAACGGUAGUAACACCUAGAAAACGGAAGAGAGAAUUCUCUGUAACGCCUUCAAGGGAGAUGCACGAAGGCGAAGAAAAUUUGGACAGGCAGUUACGGGAGAUGACCCUACGCGAAGAAAAUUCCCAAAGGCAGUUAAGUAAGAUGCAGAAACACGAAAAAAUUUUGCAGAUCCGGUUACGGGGGAUGCAGGAAACCGUAGAAUACUCGCACACGCUAUGGAGGGAGAUGGGUCACCGAAAAGAAUAUUUGCUGAGUCACUUACGGGAGUUGCUCCAACGUGAGGGAAUCACAGAAAGGCAAACGAAUGAGAUUGUGGAACGUCAAAAACGCUUACAACUGCAAUUGAGAGAGAUACAAUACCAAAACCAAGUAUUUCAGAGUCAGUUAUGGGAGAUGCCCCAAAGCAAGAAAAACCCAGAAAUGCAAAGGCAGUUGAGGGAGAUAAAGCAACGAGAAGAAAUUUUACAGAGGCAGGAACGGGAAAUACACCAUCGUGAGGGAACCUCAGAAAGGCAAAUGAGUGCGAUACAGCAAAGUGAAGAAAACUCACAAAGGCAUUUGAGCGAGAUAGAGCAAGGCGAAGAAAGUUUGCAGAAGCAGUUGAGGGAAAAGCACGAACACCAAGAAAAUGUGUAUACACAGUUAAGAGAGAUGAACCGAGGCGAAGAAAAUUCAGAAAGGCAAAUGCGUGAGAUGCAGUCAGGAGAUAUGCUCCAACUUGAGGAAAGCUUAGAAAGGCAGUUUAUUGAAUUGAGGAGGGUGGUCCAACACGAUGAAAAUUUGGAGAGAGAGGUGGGGAAGAUACUUCAACUCAAAGCUGACUCAGAAAGGAAAAUGGGUGAGAUGCAGGAACGUCAAGAAAGGUUACAUCUACAAUUGAGUGAGAUACAGCACCAAAACCAAAUAUUUCAGGAUCAGUUAUGGAAGAUGCUCCAAAGGAAGAAAAACCCAGAAAGGCAAAUGAGUGUGACACAGGACCGUGAAGAAAACUCAAGGGAAAAAGAGAAAUUAAGGUAUCAGCCACCCUUAAAAUUGCCAUUUUUCCAUGUUUGAGAUUUCAACGUUUUCAAAUAGAUAUACUUGAGAGCUUUCUUUAAAAAAGAAAUCAGACGAAAAUAUUAUUUCUGUCGAAAGAUAUCGGGGGUAAAAGAUUUUUUCUCGUUAACUAUCUUAAUUGAUCGUUGACAAGAUCUGUCAUA